GUGUGAGCCUUUGCUUGAGACGCACACACAUACACACACACUACACGCCUUUGCCUACAGAACAGCAACUUUCUGUACUGGAGCUUCUCUGAUCUACCCAAACACACGCACACAUUUUCACAUCUGUGUGCUGCUACAGAGGACAAGACACAGGCAUUAAGGAGCGGAGGAAGAUAAGGCAAGAGACGGAAGCAAACGCUUUUAAAUGGCCAACAUUGUGACGUCCUUCUGCUGUGUGGUGCUUGCAGCCGUGGUGGUGGUUUAUGCCCAAAGGCGCAGCCAGCAAGGUGCCAGGAUUCAGUAUGAAAGGAUAGGAAGUGAUGUCACUAUGCAGUGCGGCUCUCUGGACAACGACGCCUCGGUAACAUGGAAGGUGAACGGUACGGACGUGAAGGCCCGUCGGCGGGAAGAAGGACCACGGCUCAUCCUGAUGGAAGUGAACAUGAGUAGCAAUGGCCUGUACAGCUGCUUCCAGAACCCCGAUGGCCAGCGCCGCGACCAGAUCAAUCUUCGCGUCGGAAUUCCUCCGAAGGAACCGCAGGUGACGUGUCGAUCAAACACCUAUCCCAAAGGCUUCUACUGCAGUUGGCACCUUCAGCAUCCCACCUACAUCCCUACAGACUUCGAAGUCGAUGUCCAACACAACCAGAGGCCCUUAGAGGUGAUGAGGGAUGAAGUUCAUAAGAACAGAUGCCAUGUGAAGUUUCCAGAACUUUUCUCCAGCUUUCCUUACCGGGUCAACGUCACGGCAGUGAACUCGCUGGGUCGUGCUUCCAGCGCCAUCAGCUUCGAGGAGUCUUCAAUAG